GGUGAUGUACAUUGAAAGAGACGUCCGAAAGGCCACGCCAGGAAAAGAGCAACAAAGCGGCAAUGAAUACCUGUCAAAAUGCCUGACCCUCUUCAUCCGUCACACUGUGCACGAACUGCCAGCCAUCCUGGAUGACAUCCUGUCCGUGUUAGGCAGCAUUGUGGGAAGGAAGCACCCCUCUCCUACACAGUCCCGUCAGCUGAAGCAGAACCUCCCCAUGAUGGCUGUGGUGCUGCAUCUGCUCACUUCACAGAUCUUCCGACCCCAGGUGGUGACUGAGGCCUUUCUCAUCAAAUUUGGGAAACUGCUGAAUCACAUAACCUCCAUUGACUCUAAUGAGACCAGUUUGGGAAGUGCUAUAGGUCAAGCAGCAUCCGAGGAGCUGAUCAGAAACACUCUAUCUGCAGUGGAGGCCAUUUCCCAGCAUCCCGUUCUUCUCAGCCUCUAUCACUGCACUGUUGUGGAUUUGAUUGUACCGCCACUGGCGUCUCUGGCCUUCAGUAAAAACGUGGAAUGGCGUAUUGUGAGUUUGCGUGUGCUGUCAGAGAUCACGCUGCUCCUGCUGCUGAGCCAAGACGCGGUGGAGGAGAGAGAGAGAGAUGGAGGGAGAGAACGAGAGGGAGAGUGGGAAGGUGAAGGCAUCUCCUCCAACACUCGCUUGCUGACGCUCAUCUCUGAGGCCCUGCUGCCACAGUAUGUGACUCUGCUCCUGGAGCCAGAUCCUGUACCAGUGUAUGCUCUUAAACUGCUGGUGUCCCUCACUGAGCACAGCUCACCCGUCAGCAGGCUUGUUAGAGAGAGCCGUCUCCUGCCUGCUAUCUUUCAAGUCAUAGAGGAGCACCAGAAUAACACAGUUGGCGGCAUGAUGCAGAACGCCAUGGCUCUCCUCAGCAAUUUGAUUGGGCAGAAGGGCACGGACCUCCGACCGUUCUACAAGCAAGGUGUAAUUGAGGUGGUGAGUAAUGUCUUUGUGGAAGUCUCUGGUGUAUAUCUGGACAGAGAAAUGCACUCAGGGAUGAAGAGCUGUUCUUCUCUGCUCCUGUGUCUGCUGGACAUCAUCCACUGCCUACUCAAAAACCUUUCAGCUGUAGUCCGACUGGCCCUCCAGAGAUCAGACAGUAAUGAAAACACUGAGGCUGCAGAGGAACUGCUACUCAUCAACAAGCCACUGACAGACCUAAACAACCUCCUCAUUCAACUGCUGGCGUGUAAUGACAGUGAGGUGUAUGAGGAGGCCAGUCACAGUGUGUCUCUGCUGGCUCAGCUGUAUGGAGGAGAGGGUGUGGAGCGCCUGCAGUCGGAGGAGAUGCUCAGCCUGGCACACGCACUGCAGAUGCACACUGAGCCCAGACAGCAGAAAUUACUGCUCCGCGUGCUGAAACGAUUGAUGAGUGCAGUUGGCAGCUCCUGUUGGGGUUCUUCGGAAGGGCAGAUCCUGGUUCACGUGCUGCAGAAACUGGCGCUGUCUACUGGGUCUCAAUCAGACACGACAGUGGGAUCAGUAGCUGCAGAGAUUCUGAAGUCCAUCGGGUCCCAGGCAGAAUUGAGAUCCACAGAACAGAGUUUCUCUCCCGCUAUUUAAUGUGUGUUUAUAUUUGCACGUGUGAAAAACCUGCA